AUGUCACUAACUUCAUUCAGUAUUAUUUUUCUAUGUGCUGUUUCCACAGUAUGGUCAGCACGUAUAUUUCGCGUAAUAAAUAACUGUGACCAAAAAUUAUGGUUCGGUAUACAAGGUCAACCAUUGGUAUAUGGUGGUGGUUUUGAAGUCAAUUCUCGUUCAGUAGCUGAUCUCAGUAUUCCAGAUGGAUGGGUAAGUGGACGAAUCUGGCCUCGAACCGGAUGUCGAUCAGUGAAUGGUAAACUCACAUGUGCUACAGGCGAUUGUGGAGCACCAUUAAAUGGAUUUGGUGUACAAUGUAACGGUAUUGGAGGUCAACCACCAGCUACUAUAGCUGAAUUCACAUUAGAUGGAUGGGGAGGAUCAGAUUAUUAUGAUCUAUCCAAUGUUGAUGGUCAUUCAAUUGGUAUGACGAUUAGACCGAUUCCUGGUCAAUAUACAAUGGUUAAUAAUCCAUCGUUGGGAAAAUACAAUUGUGGAACGGCUUCAUGUGUGUUUGAUGCAAAUAGAUGUCCACCUGAAUUACAAAUGGAUGAUGGCAAUGGUCAUGUAGUUUGUGCAAGUAUUUGUGCUGCUAUUCAUAAUGCUCAACAACGAGCCAGACAUGCGCAUCUUCAGAACAUUUAUAAUAAUCCAGAUACACGUUCACUUGUUUGUUGUUCAUGCGAUGGAAAUUAUUGCGUAUCUCCUCAUGAUAAUGUAACACCAGGUCGAAAAUGUUAUGUUGAACAGUGGCCACGUUCUACUCAAAAUACACGAUAUGAUGAAGUGUUCAAAUCGCAAUGUCCAGAUGCUUAUUCAUGGCAAUUCGAUGAUUUUGCUAGUACUUAUCAAUGCCACAAAGCAAACUAUGAAAUUAUUCUUUGUCCAUCUGGUACUCCAAUAGUUAACCCACCUAACCCAACAACAACACAAUCAUCAUCGGGAAAUUCAUGCAAUGGUCAAUCAUUUGAUAGCAAUGCUUAUUGGUGUGAUAAUGGUCGUCUUUGUUCUAUAGGUGAAAGAGCUUGUGGCUCGAAUCCACAUGCAUGCUACAAAGAAUCGAUGUAUACAUGCGUUAAUGAGCAACUUCGACCAAAAUAA